UGAAUUUCUACUCAGUAUUGUUAUUCAGAAAUUCAAAAAUAAAAAUUUUUCUAAAAAUAAAUUAAUAUGUGCAACAAUUUUCAAGUCAGACAACCGCUGUGGCAUGGAGAUGCAUGCAAUUUUAAUGCAGAUCUAUUGCUACAGCCGCACAAAUUACCUUUGGAAUAUACCACUCCAGGACGCUUUGGAACCAAACACAAUACCGCCGCUAUAACCACCGGAUCAUCUGUCAUUGGAGUACGUUUCGACGAAGGUGUCUUGAUGGCAGCAGAUACUUUGGUAUCUUACGGAAACAUGGCUCGCUAUCAGAACGUUGACCGAAUAUUUAUGAUCAACAAAAAUAUCCUGCUCGGGGGCUGUGGCGACUUUGCCGACGUACAAUCCAUCAAACGUGGUAUUGAGCAGAAGAUAGUGGAGGAUCAGUGCAACGGUGACGACAUCGAAAUGAAACCUAAAGCUUUGGGUCAAUGGAUGACCAGAGUCCUUUACGAGCGACGAACUAGAAUGAACCCUUUGCUAGUAGAUGUGGUGUUGGGCGGUUUGGAUCAGCAGGGCAAACCCUAUCUGGCUAAUGUUGAUUUACGGGGUCGAUCCCAUAACGAUUUUGUGGUAGCCACGGGGUUUGCCCGGCAUCUGACAAUUCCGUUUAUAAGGGGAGCCAAACCAAAAGACAGAGAAUUUACCUUAGAAGAGGCUCACGAAAUGAUAAAACGAUCCAUGCAGAUUUUGUAUUACCGCGAUACCCGUAAUAAUUCCCAGUACACAGUGGGCGUUUGUACUACAAAAAAAUGCUCUGUGGAAGGUCCUUACCAAGUCGCUGAAAACUGGAGUUUUGCCGCCGGCAUAAAAGGAUAUUAGGGAAAACCCGUUUCGGUCUAACACACAUAUUCGAAAAAACUUGGAAAAUAAAUAGUAAAUAUAAUUCAAA